AAAGUUGUAGAUGGCGUACCACACGCGAGUUCCUUGCUCGCUCCUUUUGUGACAUUUUUGCGAAACGUUCAUCACGUUUUCGUGUGAAAACUAAUCUUAAAAUUCACACUAGGGCAUGGUCGAUAAAGUUUUUCAUAGGUACGAGAAACCGUGAUUUAAAAUCUCUAAUCGUGGUUAAGUUUUUUCGUGCCAAGUGCAACUAAGCUAUCAAGAUUCCGCCGAUACUUCAAAGCCUACCCAGUGGGUGGCUUAACUUGGGAGCACCGGGUGAGACCGGCGCGUCUGCCAGUGCCGGGCACUCGAUCCCGCACGCCGCGCGCCCGCGCCCUGCGCCGCGCUGCUGGCGCCGCGCGCUCAACGUCGACCCCCCCUGGCUGCGCCGCACGCCGCGCUGACACACCACGCCGCACACCUGACACUUGUGGACUAGCGCUUGUGGGCCCCCACCGCCCUCCCCCGGCCCCUGACACCGCCGCCGCCGCCACACAUCGGCGCCCGACUGAUCGCGGCCACGAACCGGCACUCAACAGGACUGCUUGCUAAACUACACGCCAAACGAUUACUGGGAAGAUGAAGGUGAUUGAGGAGGAACCGCGCAUCCGCGUUAUGGAGGGCGAGUGGAGCGUCGAGGGCGCGGCGCGGGAGAUCGUGGAGGGCGGCGCGCAGGAGGACCCCUUCUACAUCAUGGACCUGGGCGAGGUGGCGGCCCGCUACCAGCGCUGGAGGGAGCUGAUGCCGAGGGUCGAACCCUUCUACGCGGUGAAAUGCAACGACGACAAGGUGCUGGUGCGCACGCUGGCCGCGCUCGGCGCAGGCUUUGACUGCGCGUCGCGCAACGAGAUCGAGCUGAUAACCGGCCUUGGAGUUGCGCCUGACCGUAUAAUCUUCGCGAACCCAGCCAAGAUGGCGUCCCACAUCCGCCACGCCAGCGCCGUCGGCGUCGACACCAUGACCUUCGACUCGGAGCCCGAGCUGAUGAAGAUCAAGCAGUACAUGCCGCAUGCGCAGCUGGUGCUCCGUAUCCGCUGCGACGCGGCUGCGGCUCAGUGCCCGCUGGGCAUCAAGUUCGGCUGCGACCCCGGCACCGACGCCCCGCGCCUGCUCAAACUGGCUGCAGUACUCGGACUCGAGGUGGUCGGCAUCUCGUUCCACGUGGGGUCGGGGUGCGGCGAGACGGCGGUGUACGCGCGCGCCGUGCAGUACUGCCGCGCGCUGUUCGCGCUGGCCGCCGCGCUCGGCCACCCGCGCAUGCGCCUCCUCGACAUCGGCGGCGGCUUCCCCGGCGGCACACACUCUAGCAUCAAGGAGGUGUCCCUGGUGAUCAAUGAAGCCCUGGAGACCCACUUCCCGGACCGCAACGUCCGCGUCAUCGCGGAGCCGGGCCGGUACUUCGCGGCCGCCGCCUACUCGCUCGCCGUCAUGAUCCACGCCAAGCGAGAGAUCGUGACCAAAGACGCCAGCGGCGAGGAUGAGACGCACACCAUGUACUUCAUGAACGACGGCGUGUACGGCUCCUUCAACUGCGUGCUCUACGACCACCAGCAGGUCGAGGCCACCACGCUCUAUCCGCACACUGAGAAGCCUCUUCCCUGCUCGAUCUGGGGCCCGACCUGCGACAGCCUGGACUGCGUGCUGCCCUCCACCCGCCUGCCCCCCCUGCCCGUGGGCUCGUGGCUGCUGUUCCGCGACAUGGGCGCCUACACCAUGCCGGUGGCCUCGCCUUUCAAUGGGUUCCCGCUGCCCAAAGUGAGGACCCUCGUGGACCAUCGUCUGUGGUCGGUGUUGAAGGGGCUGUGGCCGCUGGCGGAGUCGCAGUUCGAGCCCAACCUGGGCCGCGUGCCCGCGCCGCAGACCCCGCCGCCCUCGCCGCCCGAGGAGCGCCGCGUCUUCGUCGAGUGCGCGCUCAAGUGAGAGGAGCGGAGCGUGCAACACUUCACAUUGUUUACAGUGAAUAAACUUGUGUGUCGGUAUCUUAUUUUAAAUUCCAGGUACUUUACUGAUUAGGCUCGUUUACGUAUCUUAUGUCGACUUUCGCUACGCUUUUUGUCACGUUGGGCGGACAGAAUAACGUUAGAGACAAACGCCACAUUGCAGGCUAGCAUGCACUGGGCCCAAGACAGAGCGGCUUGGAGAGCGCUGGUGAAAAGUGUCCACAUUCGUCACGUCCCUCAGCCGUGAGGAUACGACAAGGAAGUAAAGAGAUGUCGACUUUAUAGGUCUCUAUACCCGAUAUCGUAAGAUAUCGCGUCAAAGGAUAAGCGAUGAUAUUUUACUGUAACAUAAAUGGUCCUCAGUUUACAUACGUAAAACAGACAAGACACUGGGUCGAUAGUUGUGGUCGACAUUAGAAAUAAUAAAUUGAGCAAUUUAAAGAAAAUAGAACUCUUCAUUAAAGUUAUUCUUCAAAAAUAUUACUGUAAAUGAGUGUAUCCUUAAAAAGAGGAUCUUUAACCUUUUAACCGCCGUAAACUGAUAUACAAAACAUACAAAAUCAGGCUCAUUUCGCCGCGGUAUGAUAAAUAAGACAAAACCUGGUGUAACUUUAUACCGCCGGCGACACGAGCUCGUUCGGUGAAAAAUUCUAUGGCAGUUAAAAGGUUGAUUGAUUAAAAAAUAUAAGACUUAUAUCAGAACAGCGUAUAAAGAUAAAGUUAACCCUCUUUAAUUCUUGUUAUAAAUUUAAUCUAGUCCAGUGAUUCUCCAAGCUAGGGAACUCUAAAAUGCUUGCCGCUGGCCAUAUCUGACCCACAAGCCAUCAAAAUCUGACUCUUAGCCCCCAUUUAAUCCACACUAAAUUUACCUGCAGUAAUAGUACGUCUGGAUCAAGAAGUUUGGGAACCAAUGUUAAAGUGCAAGUUUAUUCACUCUACACAUAUGAAUUUUUAAUUUCAUUCAAAUAAUUUCUUACCGGUUCCUUUGGGGUAUUCACUUUUUUUAUAUUAUAUUUUAAGUCAUGCAUUUUAUAAAUUUUUAUGUCACGUAAAACCCCGUGUUACAUUUGCGUGUUUUAUUAGGUAUUUUUUUUAUGGAAUUGUUUUGUUAAAUUAAAAAAUUGUUUUUGUCAAUGAUACGCUGUAUCUUAAAUGAAAUAAUGAUAUCAAAAUGUAUUCACAAUGUAUAUGUUUGAUAAUUUUAAUUUUUAAACCCGCAAAUUUAAAAUAACAUUUGUUACACUAUGUAAGCACUUUGUGAAAGUAGAUUCAUAUGUUAAACUGUCUUGUUCAAUACAUUAGUUAGUUGGAAUAAGGCGUUAAAAUCCAGUAAUAUUUGGAUAUUAAAAAAUAAAUUUUGAUGAAAUAAUUUCUAAACUUAAUAUUCUUAAAAAUGUAAAACAUUAUUAUUCCAGCUAAUUAAGCUAAUAUUAAUAUAUCCCCAUUGGCAAUCAUUGUAAUAAAUGAUAAAAUUGAUGUACCCAUUGUAGCUGUAGGUUCGCGUUUGACCCAUCCUCACUCUAAUCGUCAUUCACAUAAUAUUCAUACAUUUUAUCACAAUUUUUUAUUGAUUUUACUGCCGAAUUGUAUUUAAAGCUUUUUAAAUUUAUAACGUAGAUUUAGACAUUCCUUUGUAUCAAAUUUGUUUUUAAAAGUAAUAGUCGUAAUGUUGGUAGUGCCGUGUCCUGUAACCACGAUGUUUCGCAAUUAAUGUUUUAUCUCAAUAUAUGUUGCAAUUGGAAAA